CGAAAGGUAGGAGAGAUUUCUGAUACUUUGAAAAAGAGAACUAAACCGUCCGAAACAGUGAUUCGUUGGUUUGCGAACCGUGCCCAUGAGGAGGAAGUGUCAACGCCCGUCCCCGGAUCGGCCAAAGAGUCUCUGGUCCAUUGGCUGGUCGCUACAUUAGAGGGCCUCGCCGGGGACUUGCGAAAGAGAGUUAGCUACCCUCGUAGGCGGGAGCCCAGGGUAGACACCAGCAUCCUGGAGAGGGAAGGGGUCGGAAUGUUGGACGUGUUGAGGGGUUUGAAGAGCCUGCUAAAGGUCAGCCGAGUUCACAUAGAUAACAAUGUAUUUCGCCUUCACUACACCGUCACAGUUCUUGUUCUUUUGGCCUUCUGCAUCAUAGUCACCACCAAGCAGUACGCCGGUGAACCUAUCAAUUGCAUUCGUAGCACAGACAUCCCCGAAACGGUGAUCAACACUUUCUGUUGGAUCCACACUACUUUCACCAUCCCCGGAGCUUACAAUAAGAUAGUUGGUAAAGAGGUGCCCCAUCCAGGUAUAGAUGCCUCUCAAGAUGCCUCCAAUUUUAAAUAUCAUCGCUACUAUCAAUGGGUAUGUUUUAUGUUGUUUUUUCAAGCCGCCCUUUUUUAUAUACCACGUUGGUUGUGGAGAAUGUGGGAGGGAGGAAAGAUCCAGGCUUUGAUGAUGGAUUUGGAUGUGGGAUUAUGCGGAGAAGCAGAAAAGAAGCAGAAGAAGAAACUAUUAGUGGAUUAUCUCAUGUGCAGUUUAAGGCAUCACGACUGGUACGCUGCCAGAUAUUUCUUGUGCGAAGCCAUUGCCUUCAGCAAUGUGGUGGGACAGAUCUUCCUUAUGGAUAGAUUCUUCGAUUGUGAAUUUCUCACCUAUGGCCUAGAAGUGAUUAAAUUCUCCGAAAUGGACCAAGAAGACCGGACGGAUCCCAUGAUAAGAAUAUUUCCACGCGUCACCAAGUGCCGUUUUUAUAAAUACGGCGCGUCUGGCAACGUAGAAACGCACGAUGCCCUUUGUAUCCUACCUUUAAAUAUUAUCAACGAGAAAAUAUACAUAUUUCUCUGGUUCUGGUUCAUCAUUUUGGCUGCCCUUACGGGUAUCGUGCUGAUAUUUCGUCUAGUCAUCGCAGCCUGUCCGCCAGUUCGGGUCUACCUACUCAAUAUGAGAUUUCGGGUGCUGCACCUGGACCACGUACACACGGUAGUGCGCAGGGGAUCCAUAGGUGACUGGUUUCUCAUAUACAUGCUAGGACAAAAUAUAGAUUCUGUUAUAUUCAAAGAAGUUAUCGCCGAUAUGGCUAAGAAAAUGACCACCGAACCCAAAGAAUCCGCAUGACCAAGAAAAUGAGUAGCAUGAUAAAUUUUUACACUAAGAGUGCCUAUAUAAACACAAUAAUUCUUCCGUCAUGUUAUGUACUUUAGAACAUAAGUAUAUAGCCUUCUCUUCUUCAAACAAUUUUAAAAUUACUUCAGGACUAUUUAAAGAAAAAUUAUUACUAAAAAAAAAAAAAACCUUAAUUCAGGCACUGCCAUCACGUUUCUAUUUCAUUCAAAGAUUUU